AUCUGAUUUUAAAUGAACAAGUAUACGGUCGUGGCCAAUAUCAGAACCUAGAAUAAGUCAACCUCGAGAAUAGAGCAGACUACCAUACUUAUAUCAACCAUGAGUGAUAAAGGCGACAAGAAAGCAAGUGAUACAGAUUUCCGUAGGAAAUGGGACGAAGAUGAGUACAAACAGAAAGCCAGAGACAGGGAGGAUGAUGCAGAGAACCCCAAGCAGUAUGUAAAACCCGUGGAGAGAGAUCUGUUACGACAGCGUGACUAUACUGUGGACUUGGAUUCCAAUUUGGGCAAGACCCAAGUGGUUACUGCGGAUACAGCUGCUGCGCAAUCGGGAGGGUACUAUUGCGAUGUGUGCGACUGUGUGCUCAAGGAUUCGACCAACUUUCUCGAUCACAUUAAUGGAAAGAAGC